GUAAACGCAGAUGAAGAAACAACUUGCGACAUGCCGAAAAACAUGUUAAGCGUCACUACUUAGCAGACCUGUCAUUUUAUUUUUAAGAGGAAUCGUAACUCCAGGCGUUCGCAUAUUAAGUCCAGAGUGGUGACUGACUUUCAUUUUAAUACGGGUUUGUCCAGGGAUCCUGCCCCGAAAUAAAACGAUGCUGGUCACCGUUUUCUGUGCGCCGAGGGAUCGCCCAGAAACUACUUUUGCCCUCGAGGUGUCCCCGGAGCUGGAGCUGAGGGACUUUGUAGCACUUUGUGAGCUGGAAUCAGGAAUCCCGGCUGGAGAAAUUCAGAUUACGUAUGUAGAACAGCCAUUGAAAGACCCUACCCGUGCUUUGGGCACUUACGGUGUUAAAGAUGGAGAUGUGGUGGUUCUACGGCAAGCUGAAAGAAGGCCUCCGCAGACUCAGCCGGCCUUCCCAGGGCUGCCUCGAAUUGACUUUCGUUCCAUCGCUGUCCCAGGCACCUCCUCCUCAACCAAUCAACGUGCUCCGAGGCCACAGCAACCGGCUCCUCCUCCUCAGCCGCAACCGCAGCCACCGCCGCCGCCGCAGCGUGCCGCACAGCCUUCUGCACCACUGGCCUUUCGUGGCCCCGUCCCACAGGGCCUGGACAACCCCGCCUUAUUACAGCAGAUGCUUUUAACAAACCCACACGAGCUUUCACUCCUCAAGGAGAGGAACCCUCCGCUAGCUGAAGCUCUGCUGAGCGGGGAUUUAGAGCGUUUCACCAAAGUGCUGCUGGAGCAACAGCAGGAUCGAGCCAAAAGGGAUCAGGAGAGAAUCAGACUUCUGACUGCCGAUCCUUUUGAUUUGGAAGCUCAGGCAAAGAUUGAGGAAGAAAUCAGGCAGCACAACGUAGAAGAGAACAUGACUAUCGCUAUGGAGGAGGCCCCAGAAAGCUUUGGACAGGUGGUUAUGCUGUACAUUAACUGCAAAGUCAAUGGCCACCCUGUGAAAGCUUUUGUUGACUCAGGAGCCCAGAUGACCAUCAUGAGCCAAGCGUGUGCAGAGCGCUGUAACAUUAUGCGACUGGUGGAUCGGCGAUGGGCGGGGAUCGCCAAAGGAGUGGGAACUCAGAAAAUCAUUGGCAGAGUUCACUUGGCUCAGGUCCAAAUAGAGGGAGACUUUCUUCCGUGUUCUUUCUCCAUCUUGGAGGACCAGCCGAUGGACAUGCUGCUCGGCCUGGACAUGCUGAAGAGACACCAGUGUUCCAUCGACCUGAAGAAGAGCGUGCUUGUGAUCAGCACCACGGGAACUGAAACGCGGUUCCUGUCCGAGUCUGAGCUGCCAGAGUGCGCUCGGCUGGCGUACGGAGCAGAAGGCCGUGAAGACGCUCGGCCGGAGGAGGUCGCCGACAGAGAGCUGGCCGAGGCGCUUCAGAGGUCCAUACAGGAAAGCGAUCUGUAAAGUUCCUUCAUGUUGUUCUAAUCUGGAGAAAAUAGUCGCUGAACAAAGGAGUCCGUUCAGCCAACAGCGCCAGGUUCCCUUCUUUCUUUGUGAGUUUAGGAAAGCCAUGGUGUCCGAUUCAGCAGAUCACUGCUCAGAUGGGUUUCCUGAGGAACGUGAGAACAGCACUUGAAGUCGCCCACAUGAACUAACAGCAGAGAACAUUCAGUGCAGAGAAAAGAUGUUCCUAUGAACGAGAAGAUCUUAAUGUUUGGAAACGUUUUCUCAUGAAGGGGACUCUUGCCUUAUUUCAAUUUUGUCAUUGAAAAGAUAGAAUAAUAUAAAGUGAAAGACUGAUAAAAAUGCAUCUAAAGGACCAAAUAAGGCUAUAAUGAGCAUUUAAUUUGUAUAAAAAAUGUCAGAUUUGCUGUGAAAUUCAGAUUUUAUUUUUUAUGCUUCUGUUUAAAGUGCAUCCAGAGCGCUGACCUACUUAAUAAUAUUUUAAAUUAGCUUUGUUUGGAGGGAUGAAAUGAUUUACCUUUUUUAAGAUUAUAAUUUGUGACUCGGUUUCACGACAGUCGAGGAAACGCCUAAGAAUCUUUGGUCUGUAAAUGAUAAAAACAAGUUGCUGUUGCAAAAUGUUGCUUCUGUCUUUGGCAGUAGGUUUAUUGAAGGAUGUGUCGUUUUACUAAAUGUAACUAGCUUUAGUGGCUUUUGUCAAAACUCCUUAAUGGUAAUGUUUAGGUUGUAGAUGAUCGGCUCGGGUAGCCCUCCACAUAUUUAAAGGUCUGAUUCACUGAAUACCCAUUUAAAAGAUUUUUUUUUUCUGAUUUUAAUCAGUCACUCUGAGUUUUUCAUGCAGGCUGAACAUGAAAGAAGUUUCCUACACUUAUGUUCUGCAUUAGCUUCUGAUGGAAAAUAACGGUGAAACACUAGGAUUUGAAAAGCCUGACAUAUCUAUGUCACACUGACACUUAAAGAGCAAGUCACCCCCAAAUCAACUUUUUUUUUGAUAAACUAUAUAAACGCAUGUCUAAUUCUGCUGCAGACACUUUAGUGCAUUUUAGUUAAAAUUUUUAUUUUCUGCCUAAAACUGUCAGUGUUGUGCCGUUGUCAGGUAAAAACUCUGCACUGCAUUUGAAUUUAAAUCUGCCAUCGCUAUUGGCUAAGAGGUACCCUAGAACGUUAGCUGGUACGAUAUGCUGUCACAAUGUCGUUGUGAGCCUGUGUGUGUGUAUUUGUUAGCUGCUCCGCCCUCUCGGUCUGCCAGGCAACAGCAUUUGUUGCAUUUUUCAAACAGGAAGUGGGAGUGGAGUAAUACUCUGGUAGGGGGUGACUUGCUCUUUAAACAGGGAUGAGUACCAGAGUCGGGACUUUUUUAUGGCACCGACCAAAUUCCGUGGUACCUACCGAGGAUUGAUUCAUGGGAUAUGAAACAGUGCCUUGGUUCAGUAGCUAUUCUUUAUUUACGAGAAUUUGUGAGACAUCGAUUUGCCAAGAUGGACAACAACAUUAGCAUUAGCAACGCCACCACACAGCAGAACUCCACUAGGCUUGUGUUAUUUCGGGAGAUAAAACAGCCACCUUGCAAGUCAGUGGUAGAGUCGCAUUGCUGUUAUCCAGUCUGAGAUGAGAUAUCAAAUAAGACCCUAGAACAUGUCGUCUGAAGGUCAGCUCUGAUGUGGGCAACUUUUAGUUCCAGGAAAUGGUGCAUCAGUCCCCCCCCCCCCAAGAAGGACUUAAAAGGCAUUCAUUCCUCCUGGAGACUACUGCAGGUGUAUAAGUGAACAACUCCUUUAAAUACUGAUCCCGGUGACUGUGUAUGUUACAGAAACGCAACAAGUUAUUAAAGGCUGUUACAUUUUCUAAGUCUGACAAAAGUGUUUUUGUUGUUGUUUUUUUAGACAGAAUAGAUGACAAAUGUUUUUUGGGAGAGGUGGGUCAAAAAGUUCCUAAAAUUAUUAUUUUCUUUCAUUUUUGAAAUUAGUAGAGAUUUUUUUUCUUAAUCCCCAAAAUCCAACAAAGAAAAAUAAAUCAAUUUUCUACGUUUGUCCAAAAGUAUGUUCUCUAAUAAAUUCAUAAAUAUGAAUUUGAUCAUUAAAAUUCAGCUUUAUAUUUUUUUUGCUUGGAUUUUUGGGCUUAAUGGGGGGAAAAAAAUUGAAAAUUUUGUUUUGAAAGCGCACCCCCACCCUCCUUUUUAUAUUUAUUAUUAGUCUUUAAGAAAACGUAACUGUUCAGGCUUUUGAAGCUUAUUGUACUUGUGAAAAUACUUGAGUAUCAGGAUUUAGGCUCCGGUUGGUUAUUUUGGUUUGACACUUUUCACAUGAGUGUGUGAAAAGGCCGAUGGUUUGGUUGCAUGCCUUGUGUGUGACUGCUAACUCUCUCCGUCCCUUUGCAUGAUGUGUGUGGUGUGUGCCCUAACCCUGAGCAGGACAGCACUGAUGCAUUUGGAGACCGCUGAAGAAGGGCGCUACCAACCAG